ACUGGUUUUCCUGGACCUCACAGUAAAUUUCAUGACAAUGAAUUAUGAGGAGCUGGUUGACUGUCUGCAGAGCAGAACUCGUGCUGAAGUUUGUCGUCUUAAAUUCAAAUCUAACAUGAAGCAGAAGUUUGAGCGUGUGUUUGAGGGGCUCUCUAAAGCAGGAAAGACGACUCUUCUGAAGGAGAUCUACACAGAGCUCUACAUCACAGAGGGCGGGGCUUCAGAGGUCAACCAGGAACAUGAGGUCAGACAAAUUGAAGCAGCAUCCAGGAAAACAGACACACCACAAAGAACCAUCACAUGUGAAGACAUCUUUAAAGCCUCAGCUGACACUCAGCCACCAAUCAGAUCAGUGCUGACAAAGGGCGUGGCCGGCAUCGGGAAAACAGUCUUAACACAGAAGUGGACUCUGGACUGGGCUGAAGGACGAACCAACCAGGACUUCCACUUCAUAUUUCCAUUCACUUUCAGAGAGCUGAAUGUGCUGAAAGAGAAGUUCAGCUUGGUGGAACUUGUUCAUCACUUCUUUCCUGAAACCAAAGAAGCAGGAAUCUGCAGCUUUCAGCACUUCCAGGUCUUGAUCAUCUUAGAUGGUCUGGAUGAGUGUCGCCUCCCUCUGGACUUCCACAGCAAUCACAUCCUGACUGAUGUCACAGAGUCGAGCUCAGUGGAUGUGCUGCUGACAGAUCUCAUCAGGAGGAACCUGUUUCCCUCUGCUCGCCACUGGAUCACCACACGACCUGCAGCAGCCAAUCAGAUCCCUCCUGAGUGUGUGGACAUGAUGACAGAGGUCAGAGGCUUCACUGACCCUCAGAAGGAGGAGUACUUCAGGAAGAGAUUCAGAGAUGAGGAGCAGUCCAGAAGAAUCAUCUCCCACAUGAAGACAUCACGAAGCCUCCACAUCAUGUGUCACAUCCCAGUCUUCUGCUGGAUCACUGCUACAGUUCUGGAGGACGUGUUGGAAACCAGAUACAGACAAAAGCUUCCAGAGACCCUGACUGAGAUGUACAUCUACUUCCUGGUGGUUCAGUCCAAAGUGAAGAAGGUCAAGUAUGAUGGAGGAGCUGAGACAGAUCCACUGUGGAAUCCAGAGAACAGGGAGAUGAUUGUGUCUCUGGGAAAACUGGCUUUUGAGCAGCCAAAAGGAAACCUGAUCUUUUAUGAAGAGGACCUGACAGAGUGUGGCAUCGAUAUCAGAGCAGCCUCAGUGUACUCAGGAGUCUUCACACAGAUCUUUAAAGAGGAGAGAGGACUCUACCAGGACAAGGUCUUCUGCUUCGUCCAUCUGAGUCUUCAGGAGUUUCUGGCUGCUCUUUGUUUAUCUGACCUUCAUCCAGUCUGGAGUCAAUCUGAUGUCUGAAAAACAAACAUCCUGGUGGCCUAAAUUGUUUAAACCUGAACUAACGUGUCUCCAUCAGAGUGCUGUGGACGAGGCCU